UCCCCGCGCCGGGCGAAUCUGGAGGGCCACGCUGUGGCGGAGCAACCACCACAGGGCUGCCAGAGAGAAGGCGAGCCGGGAGGAAGAGGAGAGGCGGGCAGCACCCUCACGCCUCCACGCCAGACUGGACCGGAAGGAAACCGGAACCUCUCUGCCUAGCGUGCCUCUUUCCGGAAGCUGCUUGAGUCGGGACGCCAACGUCGGCGACGCUGGAAGCAGACUUCCGGCGCUCUAUUUUCUCAUCGGGUAAGUGCGGCAAGGAAGCGGCGGUGGCGAUGAGACAGAAACACUACCUUGAGGCUGCGGCGCGGGGACUGCACGACAGCUGUCCGGGCCAAGCCCGCUAUCUCCUCUGGGCCUACACUUCGUCGCACGAUGAUAAGAGCACUUUUGAAGAAACGUGUCCAUACUGUUUCCAGUUGUUGGUUCUGGAUAACUCUCGAGUGCGUCUCAAACCCAAAGCCAAGAUGACAUCCAAAAUACAGAAACUUCUUAAUCGAGAGGCAAGAAACUAUACACUCAGUUUUAAAGAAGCAAAAAUUGUCAAAAAGUUCAAAGACUCUAAAAGUGUAUUGUUGAUCACUUGUAAAACAUGCAACAGGACAGUGAAACAUCAUGGUCAAAGCAGAAGCUUUCUUUCAACAUUGAAGAGCAAUCCUACCACUCCUACAAGUAAACUUACCCUGAAAACACCAGAGAGAAGGACUGCAGACCCAAAUCAUGAGAAGUCUGGCUCCAAAGGCAAGAGUCCAGCAUUGAUUUUCAGAACACCUACAUCUGGACAGUCAGUAUCUACUUCCUCAAAGAAUAUGAGUAAAACAAAGAAACAUUUCUCUCAACUAAAAGUGUUACUUAGUCAGAAUGAAUCCCAAAAGAAUCCAAAGGUGGACUUCAGAAAUUUCUUAUCUUCUCUGAAGGGUGGACCUUGAAAAUAAGACAUGCCUGAUGUCAAUUCUGAAACGAUAGUAAAACAACUUUUUAAACUUUUAUUUUUUGAAUACAUGGAAACUAGAUCUGAAUGCAAACUUUUCUUGGCAUCCUUUGGGAAAAUACCUCAUUAGUAUGAAUACCUGAAACCUGCCUACCUCAUAGGAUGGUUGUGAAGAUCAAAAAAUAUAUGAAAGUUCUUUGUAGAUAUGUAUGUGUAGAUAUAUAUGUGUAUGUAUGUAAAGCUGUAUAUGUACAUUGAGUAGUGGCAUUACUAUUGUUUCUUCCUUUAGUUAGCAGUUUUUAUGUAUGUUAUUUUCUUUCAAAAGGGAAUUGAGAUCUUUAUGAGAGGAUCUAUUCACUCAUGAGGUUUCUUCCAUGUGUCUAUGGCAUUAUUGAUAAUUCAGGGAAAGGAUUAAGUGGGUCCUUAUUUUCUCACAAUUAUCUGCAUAACUGUCUUAGUAAAACCUGAACCUUAUUCCCAUUUUGAAUGCAAAAGUAAAUAUCUGGAACAUUCCUGAUUAUAGAUCA